UGGACCACUGCCGGUGCCGUUCAGUUAGUCGUUGGAAUCCCAGCCGAAAGGUGCUCGGAUCGGUGUUGCAAGGAUCAAAAGGACUCGGCAAUAUGGUAAUCGAGGAGUGGAAGAAGAGCGGCAUUGCCACCAAGUUUCCCACAUACCGAAACUCGGCCCUUAUCACCACACACAGCUGGCAAAAGGGCAAGCGGCAGGACGAUCGAGCCGAAGGACUUUGGCGCAUCCACGAUGGCAUCUAUGACUUCACCACGUUCAUUGAGAAGCAUCCAGGCGGUCCCUUCUGGAUUCGUGAGACCAAGGGCACCGACAUAACCGAGGCCUUUGAGGCACACCAUCUGACCACGGCUCCCGAGAAGAUGAUCGCCAAAUACAAGGUGAGGGAUGCGGCUGAGCCCAGGAUCUACACCCUGACCCUGGAGGAGGGAGGUUUCUACAAGACUCUAAAGGAGCGAGUCCGCGAGCAGCUGAAGACCAUAGACAAGCGGCCGAAAAAGAAGAGUGAUCUCAUCCACCUGGGACUGAUUGUGUCGCUCUACCUGUUUGGCAUUGCCAGUGCCAGAUACAACAGCCUUCUGGCCCUGGUCCUGGCGGGUGUGGCCCUCUGCUGGACGGUGAUCGUGUCCCACAACUACUUCCAUCGUCGGGACAACUGGCAGAUGUACGCCUUCAACCUGGGCCUGAUGAACUUUGCCGCCUGGCGGGUGUCCCAUGCGCUGUCCCACCACAUCUACCCCAAUUCGUAUUUCGAUCUGGAGCUGUCCAUGUUUGAGCCCUUGCUGUGCUGGGUGCCCAAUCCGCACAUCAAGAGCAAGUUGAUGCGUUAUGUGUCCUGGGUCACGGAGCCGGUGGCCUAUGCCCUCGCCUUCUUCAUACAAAUGGGCACACGUAUUUUCUAUUCGCUGCGUCACACCAACAUCCUCUACUGGCACGACCUACUGCCGCUGAGCAUACCCAUUGCCAUAUACCUGGGAACCGGGGGAUCUCUAGGCGUUUGGAUCUGCGUGCGCCAGUGGCUCGCGAUGACGUCGAUCGCCAGCUUUAGCUUCUGUGUGAUUGGUCUGAAUGCGGCGCAUCACGAUCCGGAAAUCUAUCACGAGGGCGAUGCCAACCGUGAGGAUCGCGACUGGGGUCUCUUCCAGGUGGACACCAUUAUCGAUCGCGGGGAUCUCAAGUGGUCGCAGUUCCUGGUGCUCACCCACUUUGGCGACCAUGUGCUUCACCAUCUCUUCCCGACCCUGGAUCAUGGCCUCCUGCCCGCUCUCUAUCCGGUGCUAUACCAGACUCUGGAUGAGUUCAAGGGUCAUCUCCGCGAGUGCAACCACAUCGAGCACAUGAUUGGCCAGCACAAGCAACUAGUGCGCAUCGAGCCCAAUCCCAGGGCUCCAGGGGCGGGGAAGUAGGACUUAUUUUGUAUGGGGCUUGGUAAAGGUUAAUAAAUAUUUCUACAACAGCUGACUAGUUUACAAGA